AGAGCGAACGCGGGCUACGCGGCGUAUACGUAACGCAAAGUUCUAUUCGAAGUCGAGUCGCGGCACGCCAGUUUCUGGCCUCAGUUCAGGCACAGGUGUCAAUGCACACGGUACGGAAAGAUAUCUACGCAUAUACGUGUGAAUAAAAUAUAUAAAUUUACAUACAUAUAUAUAGAUAUACAUAUGUGUGCGACAUUUAAUUAGCAUACGCGUUUCACUUCAGUUCUGUUUCGGUUCGACGCACUCACACAUACUCUUUCGCUCUCUCUCUGCUUGGCCUGUCUCCGAACAAUACAUUACAAUUCCAAAUAACAAAUACAAACUUAUUGAAACUCUCUGAACAACAUAAUGCUGGAUCCCAUAUCGGAUACACCGCUGGUGCUGGCCUACGUAUUUAUGUCGCUGCUGGUGCUGAUUGUCUGCUUUAUACUAUUCAAUGUGGUGCACAAGCUAUAUCGCGGCAUGGGCGCUGAUGUUGGUGUGGGCGUGUCGAGCAGCUCGCUGAAGACAGCUAUGCUGGAAGUGGAUGUGAUGAAAACCGGUUAACGACAACAACGACAACGACAACGCUGCUCGGCGAGAAUCUCAACAGCAACGGCGACAACAACAACAACAACAACGCUGUGGCCUGUGGAUCAGAGCAGCUGCAACAUUGUACAUAAAGCCACUGUUUAUAAAAAAAAUAAUAGCAUUUUAGCCUAGCUGUAAACUAGUACUUAUAUAUAUAUUCCAGAUGACGGGGCGGGUUUGUGUCAGGCAUUCUAGUCAUUUAAUUGUAGCCAUAGCGUAUAGCCCAUAUUGUGGGUUAAAUAAAACGUCUUAUGUCCGACAUUGAUAUUGUAAAUACAAAUAAAAACAUAUCGUUAAAUACUAA